AUAGCCUCCAAAAUGGGGUCUCUUUUCGGUGGGAGUGGCCUUGGGAGCUCGACCUCCCAAUCCACUAGCUUGUUCGGAUCAGGUAAUGCGACAAGUGCAUUUGGAGCUACAUCUGCUGCAGCUCCUCAGGCUGCGCAGACCUCUUCUCUUUUCAAUAAAACCCAAACUCAGCCUCAGUCUCAGCAGCAACCUGCCCAAUCUUCUAUGCUUGGGCAGACCCAGAAUGCCUCCGGGUUGCCUCAAGGACGAGUUUCCGCCCAGGCCACACAGCCAGCGUUUUUCAAUAGCUUAUUGGAGCGCGGGAAGAAGCGACCAUUAUCUAAUGCUGGCCAAAAUGGUAACGGAAACUUCGAGGAAGUUCCCAGUCUGCAAUUGGGUCUUGAUGAUAUCCGAAGAAAGGCAAGGGAGCUGGGCACGUCGGGUAACCAAGAUCCUCAGCAGAACGGUACAAAGGCUCGCUACCUACUCGCAUCUUCUGGCAUCUCCCCUGGUCGGGCGUUACGAGACCUCCGCUCUCUGGAUCCCCAGGCAUCUUUGGCCGUAACAAGAGAGACUGAGAGUUUCGACCCUGAUAAUCAGAGGUUUCUGAGAAAUAUUCAGCAACGUGGCCGCCAGGUGAUGAUUGCGGAAAGUCUCUCCAGGGCCCAGAGAGAUUUCGAUACCUUCUUGGAAGAGAAAGUGGAGAUGGACUGGGAGGACCAACGUCGGAAGAUCUUCCAGCACUUUGGACUCUCCCAAAAGGAUGAAUCUGCCGCAGGAGACAUGAGGUCGGCAAGCCGGGGAGCCUUUGGUCGAUCGGCCAAACAAUUUAAACAAGCGGGCGCUAGUCAAAGCCACGGGCCUUCAGCUGCAUCCCGCCGCAGUAUUUUUGGUCGCUCUGCUUUGGAAAAGUCCGUUAUCGGUACACCAGGAACUGGUCCGGCCAGUCGACAACUCUUCGAGGACCCCUCGGAUCGAAGUGAAGGGCUGGCUGCACCGCCACCCGAUCUCCGCUUCUUGCGGGAGAAGAUGGGUAACUACGCAGAAAAGGUUCAGAGUUUGAACGUGGCUCGGCUACAAGGGCAAGCAUAUCCCAUCCUCCAUGAAUUCGCGCAGGUUGAACUGCAGGACGGCGGUGAUGCACCUCGGCAGCUCUUCGAUGCUUAUCAGGCUUUGAUCCGAAUCAUUCAUGAGAAUCCGGUUACGACCAGCACUUCUGACCCGAGUGCUGUGAAGGAACGGCAGUUUGCCUCUGAUUAUCUGGAAGAGUCAUCCAAAGGUCAAAUUGGAACCAAGCUGAGGAGGCAGAUUAUUGAAGGCUCAAGGGGAUAUCUGGAACAUACAUUCUUCCAGGAGGUGGAGAGUGUCAUCUCUAAAAACCCGCGCGAGGCACAACUAGGUGGUAUCCCGACCGUGAUCAACAAGAUUCGAGCAUACAUCCGCGUUCGUGCCGCGAGAAAAGACCUUGCUCCCGAUGGAAUGGAAUUGCAGAUGGUCGGGCAAGACUAUUGCUGGAUCCUUAUCUUCUGCCUCCUUCGGUGCGGCUUUGUCACCGAGGCGGCCGAGUACGUGAGCCAAGAUCCCGGGUUCCGGUCUUUGGAUCACAAGUUCGUGACCUAUAUGACGACCUAUGCUCAAAACAGACGACUUCCUCGGGAUUUGCAGCAGAAGAUCAAUGGCGAGUACCAGCAGCGUUUACGAAAUGCGCCUGACAACACCAUUGACCCCUAUCGGAUGAUUUGUUACAAGAUCAUUGGCCGCUGCGACCUCUCCCGCCGCCGCUUGGAUGGUGUGAACCAGACCGUUGAGGAUUUCAUGUGGUUGCAAUUCAGUCUUGCUCGAGAGGAUGAUCGCUCUGAGGAGGUAGCCGGCGACGUAUUUGGUUUGGAAGACAUUCAGACCGAUAUUACUGAAAUUGGACAUAGGCACUUCAACAAGAAUCAGGAUGGACCUGGCGGAUAUGGAACUUUUUUCAUGCUCCAGAUCUUGGGAGGAAUGUUUGAGCAGGCUGUGGCCUAUCUAGGAACUUAUUCGCCAGUCACUGCAGUCCAUUUCGCGGUCGCAUUGGCGUACUAUGGUCUCCUGCGUGUGUCAGACUUCUACGCUUCUGGUGAAGAAAUUCAAACUGACUUCGCCUUCUUCUUCUCGUUUUCAACAGUUUCUUUCACAGUGAAACAAUACCCUCAGAUUAAUUUCGGGUAUCUCAUCACUCAAUACACUCGAGAGUUCCGCACUGGCAAUGUUGAAGCUGCCAUUGACUAUUUUGCCUUGAUCUGUCUCAACGCGGAUCUACCGGGCGCUCUAGGCAAGUCUCAGUCAUCAGUUUGUCAUGAGGCCUUGCGAGAGUUCAUCCUCGAGACGAGGGAUUUCGCCAAGCUGUUGGGCGACAUUCAUGCAAACGGUACCAGGAUCAAGGGCGCCAUCGAGCAGCGCCUCGAUCUGAUCAACUUAGUGGAUCAGCAAGACUUCCUGAAAAAUAUCACUAUUCAGGCCGCGGGCGUGGCAGACGACAAAGGCUUGAUCACCGAUGCAGUGCUUUUGUAUCACUUGGCUGAGAACUACGAUCGUGUGAUCGAUAUUGUGAACCGGGCGCUGUCGGAUGCCAUCGCAAUUGAGCUGGGAGGAACCAUGCCGAAGCUGCAACCUCUCCGACCGAGAGUCGAGCAGACUCAAGCAGACACUGUGGCACCCGGAAGCAGUCUUAGCUUGACCACCGUGGACGAUCCCGUCAUCCUGGGCAAGAACAUGAUUGGUCUCUAUAAUUCCAACCAGAUGUACUUCGACAAGAUCCGUCAGAUUAAUCGAGACGCUUGUGGGCUCCUCCUUCGCAUGAUGGAAGCUAAGAUGGAGGUUGAAGCAGGUAGAUGGGCGCCGGCACUCGAUCACAUUGAUCGACUGGGGGUCCUCCCAUUGCAAGCUCAAGGCUCGAUGCCGUAUAUUCGCAGUGCUGCUCAGGCAUUCUCGUCUUUCCCGGAGAUCAUAUCCCGCAAUAUUGGACAUGUCAUCAUGUGGAGUAUUGCAUGCAUUGGCCAGGAGCGUCAUAAACAAGUCUCGGGGCCCUAUGAGACUGAUAUGCACCACGGAUUUUCAGAGCAGUUGUUGAGUAUGGCGAAAGACCUCAUGGUCUUUUCUGGAAUGGUUAAGUACAAACUCCCGCCAAAGGUCUACGAGGCACUCGCCCGCGCUGGGGCAGACAUUGGUGCAUAUUAG